GUUUACCCCAAAUCAAGGAUGAGGAGGAGAUGAUGAUGCAACAAGCAAUAGCGUUGAGUCUCCAACCGGACGAGCCCGCGGCCCCUAGUGCUCGGCAAGACUCCUCCAUCAGUUUCCUAGCUCAAGAGACUGAUCUCCUGCAUCUCGAUGACUCCGAAGAUUCCGCUUCUACUACCCGAGUAGAGCGGGUAGUGAAUAAAGCUGGCGAGAGUGACGCGAAUGGGGUUCAUUCUGGCACUGAGGUGGUCGAAGUCGAUGCUGGUGAGAAGUCCCCGCAGCAAAAAUGA